AAAUAAAUCAAUGUUCAAAUUCUGUUUCCGUCAUGCCGAGACUUUUAGAAUGCGCAGUGCAGUUAUUGUGUCAGUCGACAGAGGAAAAAAAAUGACGGUUCCUCUGCGAAUCAGUUCUGCUUCUAACCUUAUUCUGGCGCUUAUUGUUCUACUCGUCCAGUCAAUGAUACUUAAAAGCUAUAACCAUUUAAAUGUUACAACAUACUCUCAAUACACCGGAGUUGGAAUCUGGACAGCUUUGCUUUUGGCAUGCAACGGAAUCAGCAUGUUGCUCUACUUGAAACGCAAAUUUUUAUGCGAACCUUCAAAAAUGUACAUGGCUAGUGUAGUUUUAUGUGUCGCAGCUCUAUUAGCUGGAAUCGUAAUGGCUGGGCUGGCGUCAGCGGCUUUCUACGGCCUUUUAUUAAAGUCUACCACGGAAUCUCCGCUACCUCAGACGGCCUUCGUAUUGGCACAACUAGAUGAUGAGUUUACUUCUCUGAAAGUUUUGGAGGGCACACUGUUCGGUUGUGGUCUGGCGUCGAUAUUCGUGAACGCCCUUUCCAUAUUAUUCCUACGUCUGAACAGCAAAAUCAUUUCCCAUGAAGCAGUGAUAUCGUCCAGCUCACUUUCGACUUCCAAUGCUAACAGAUAUUAACGCGCUACAAGCUGAGAACAAAAAUCAAACUGUCGACCCCACUAAAAAUUGAUGGUUUUACAAGAUUGGCAAUCUUGAUUUGUUGUUACUUCUAGAGAAACGUACGCUUACAGCGCUUGCAGCAAAGCUGCUCAUGUAAAAUUGACAAUACAUACUUAUUCGCACGA